GGGGCGCUGCCGGAAGCCGUUGGCAACGGGAACGGCGCGAAGCAGGCGCGCCUGAUAUGUUCUGAUGCACCCGUCUCUUUCGAGGGGGCCGCCCUCCGCGCCGCGUUUCCGCGGCUGCGCUGCCUCGCCGAGGGCCCGUUGCAGAUCGCCCUGAAGGUCGAGCAGGCGUCCGGCGAGAAGCCCGCCCAGCUGUCGAACGUCAUCAGCCGAUGCGUCGUCAAGUUCUCGAAAGGCCCGGGCGAUGGCAAGCCGUGUUUCCGCGGGCGGCGGCGGCGGGCGAGUCUGCAGUCAUUGGGCGACGACAUCUCUUCGCUCUUGGACGCUGCUGCGGCGCGCCGGAAGUCGGCGACCCAGGCUGAUGGCAACCCCGAGCGGCCGCGCCGCAACGCUGCAGCCUUCGUCAAAGACAUUGCCGCUGCGCGCAAAAUGUCCCCGCGGGAGAUGAGCGAGAUUGCCGCCCAGAGG